AUGCUACCUUUGUCUUUACUCGAAGACUCGCCACCGAUCAAAGUGACGGACUACCGUGAGCUAGAUUCGACUGACAAAGAUUGUGUAAUACUGCUAAUCGGCCCGAACAGAAAAUUCCCGCAAGCGAUGGGGAGUCCCCGGACGACGCGGAUGGACUUCACCUCCCCGAACCAGGUUCCAUGCAUCCCAACGUUCCAUGUGAUGAAUGCAAGGGGAGAAAUGGCAGACAAGACGCGAGAGGCACCAGAUGUCGGGGAUGAACAGGUAUUGACAUGGUACAAAAACAUGGUUACUGUUAACAUAAUGGAUUCCGUAAUGUUCGAGGCACAACGACAGGGCCGUGUAAGUUUUUAUAUGGUCUCUGCUGGGGAGGAGGGCGUCACUGUAGGAUCUGCGGCGGCCCUUGAUCCAGAGGACGUUAUCACCUGUCAGUACCGCGAACAUGGGGUUUUCCUGCAGCGUGGAUUCGAGUUGAAGGAUUUCAUGUCUCAAUUAACGGCAAAUCACAAUGACCCAGGGAAAGGGCGGAAUAUGCCAAACCAUUACAGUGGGAAGAGUAAAGUCAACGUGCAUGCAGUUGCAUCAACCCUGGCUACACAGAUCCCACAUGCUACAGGGGCUGCAUACGCGUUGAAAACGAUAGCCAAGGAAGACCCAAGCAACCCUCCCCGGGUAGCAGCUGCCUAUUUUGGUGAAGGAGCUACUAGCGAGGGAGAUUUUCAUGCAGCCGUAAACGUCGCUGCUGUCAGAAAAUGCCCUGUCCUUUUCCUCUGCCGAAACAAUGGAUUUGCUAUUUCCACCCCGACAACUGAGCAGUAUGCCGGUGACGGAAUUGCUAUCCGGGGUAUUGGAUAUGGUGUUGAGUCUAUCCGUGUAGACGGAACGGACAUAUUCGCGGUCUAUGAAGCAACAAAAGAGGCGCGGAGAAGGGCUCUCGAAGGCGGCGGACGACCAAUUAUCAUAGAGUUCAUGAGCUACCGGGUAUCACAUCAUAGCACCAGCGACGACAGCUCUGCGUACCGGGACAGCAAAGACCUUGGAACUUGGAAGACACGAGAUAGUCCUAUUACGCGAUUACGGACGUGGCUCGAAAACAGAGGCCUCUGGAAUGAGCAGAUGGAUAAUGAUCUAAAAAUGUCUGUUCGAAAAGACGUCCUCAGAGAAUUAGUCGCCGCUGAGAAGGAGCAGAAGCCUCCCCUGUCCGCUAUUUUCGACGAUGUCUAUGCUGAGCUUACGGAGGAGGCGAAGGAACAGCGCGAGGAGCUGCGAAGGCUGCUGCAGAAGUACCCGGCGGAGUAUGAUGUUCAUGAGCACAGGAAUGGUCUUGGGGGUCUCUAA